AUGAAUAAAGAUAAUAAAAAAUCUUUCGCAAAGAGAGAACAAGAGGAAGCAAUUUUUGACAAACUUGAUGUUAAACUUUACAAGCAAGGUCCACCACGCCUGGGUUGGUUGUAUAACGCGAGCCAGGAAUUAGUACAAACUGGUAACCAUGAAACAGGACAAUCUACCUUAGACUUGUUUUUCCUUGAAUCUAACGGAGUUACAAGAACCCAUUUUCGUUGUACAUUAAAAUUUUAUCCUUAUUUUUAUGUGCAAUGCCUGCAUAACAAAGAAAACGAUGUUCUAGAAUAUCUUCAAAAGACUUUCGAAAAAUAUAUUUACAAGAUUACUGUAAAAAUAAAAAAAGAUUUAAAGAAGCCAAAUCAUCUUGUAAAUGGAGAUCAAAAAUGUGUCAAACUUGAAUUCUGGAAUACACAAGAUUUAACCAUGGUUCGAAAUAAAUUGAUAUACAUUGUGAAAGGGAACCAAAAAAAAUCAGACAGAAUUAAUAUUUACGAAACACAAACACAAACACAACCAAAUAGAAAAUCAAAAACAAAAGAGCAAAAAGAAAAACCGGUGGAUCAUAUUUUCGAUAUUCAAGAAUAUGAUAUACCACAUUAUCAACGUGCUGCUAUAGAUCUAGAUAUUAGAAUUGGAUUAUGGUAUAAAAUUCAAUGUGAAGAUGAUCAGAUUUCAUUACAAUACCAAGAAACCAUGAAGCAAAGUCCCAUCCCAAUUAUACUUGCAUUCGAUAUUUUGACCACAAAAAGACCUUUAAAUUUUCCGGAUCCUGAUUCAGAUUCAAUUAUGAUGAUAUCAUAUAUAAUAAACAAUCAGGGAUAUGUUAUCACUAAUCGUAAAAUUGUAUCGGAAGAUAUUAGAAGUAUUAAAUAUAUUCCACCUCGUGUUCAUGAAUAUCAAUUCAAUGUAUUUAAUGAACGUGAUGAGGUAGCCGUAAUUUCACGAUUUUUCUUGCAAGUACGUAAAGAAAAGCCAACGAUCAUCACCACAUUUAAUGGUGAUGCAUUCGAUUGGCCUUUCAUUGAAAAACGGUCCGAAUUAUAUGGAUUAAAUAUGCAAAAGGCAAUUGGUUUUACUAAAACCAAAGGAUUUGAAAAAGAUGAAUAUAUAAGCAAAAUAAGCAUAAAUAUUGAUUGUCUCUUUUGGGUUAAGAGAGAUAGUCAUCUUCCUCCUAACAGUCAAAGUCUUAAAAGUGUAGUCGAAUCAAAAUUAGGAUAUAGUCCUGACGAUCUAGAUCCUGAAAUUCUGACUGAGUGUGCAAAAAUCAAUCCACAAACGUUGGCACAUUACUCAAUGUCUGAAACAGCAGCUACAUAUUAUCUUUAUAUUCAACAUAUUCAUCCGUUUAUCUUUUCUCUUUGUUCUAUCAUUCCUAUGAAUCCAGAAGAGAUUCUCAGGACACCACAUCGAGAAAAUAUCAUUAUACCCCAAAAAUACGAAAAUAAAGAAGAAAGAUUUUUCAAUGAUCAUUUUCUUCAAGAUGAAUCAUUUAUCGGUGGUCACACUGAGAUUUUAGAAACCGGGGUAUUUAGAUCUGACUUACCCGUAAAUUUUAAAAUUGAGCCUCAAACCAUUGAAAAAUUAAUAUUUGAAAUCGAUAAUCUUUUAAGUUUCUCAAUCUGGGAAUCUUUCAGAAAAACAGAUAAAAACUUAAAGGAUUCUGCAUUUAAUGUUCAUGAUAAGAUUCGUUCCCUGAUUUUAUCUUCGUUGGAAGAAAUUAAAUGUAUUAAACAACCUUAUGAGAGGUUACCACUCAUAUAUUGUCUGGAUAUUAAUUCUAUGUAUCUCAAUAUCAUUCUCACGAACCGACUUCAACCUGGAUCUAUGAUCACCAAAGAUUUAUCUCAGAAAUCUGAUUUUAAUAUUCCUGGAAAAAUUUGUGAUCGUAAGAUGAAAUGGUUCUGGCGUGCUGAAUUUUAUCCUGCAAACAUGUUUGAAUACGAAACGAUCAAGAAACAAUUAAAUGUCGAAAAGUUCCCUCCAAAACUUCCAGGAGGAAAUUUACGUUCAUAUCACCAAUUAUCAUCCGAUGAACAAUUAUCAAUUUUAAAGAAUCGUCUUGAUGAAUUUUGUCUGAAAGAAUAUCAAUCAAAGAAAGAGAUGGAAGUACGUGAAAAGCAAGCUUUAAUUUGUCAACGAGAAAAUCCAUUUUAUCUAAAUGCUGUUCUUAAUUUCCGUGAUUUGUUACAUAAAUACAAAGCUGUCGUCAAAGAUUGGAAAAACAAGUUAUCAAGUGAUAUCAAGAAAAAGGAUCAUUCCUUGAUUGAAGAAUCAAAGAAAAUGAUUAUUCAAUAUGAUACUCUAUAUUUAGCACACCAAAAUAUUUUCAAUUCCUUUUAUAAAUCUAUCGUAUGCAAAGGUUCCAGGUGGUAUUCAAUAGAAAUGGCUGGAGUCGUAUGUGACAUUGGUUCAAAUAUAAUAAAAAUGGCUCGAAAAUUAAUCGAGAAAAUCGGUCGGCCACUCAAGAUUGAAACUGACCGUAUCUGGUGCAUACUUCCUUCGAAUUUCCCAGAAAAUUACACGUUUAAUUUAUCAUCUGGAAAUUCUAUUACAAUAUCCUAUCCGCGCACUAUUCUAAAUUAUUUAGUACACCUUCAUUUCACUAAUGACCAAUACUAUAAUUUAUCAACGAAUAAACAAAGAAAAGAAAACAAUCUAUUCUUUGAUAUCAACGGUCCUCAUCGAGCUAUAAUAUUACCCUCACCUUCACAUGAAAAUACGAAUACGCGCAUCUCGGAAGAACAUGUCAUUUUUAAUAAUAGUGAUGCUGAUGAAUUACAUGAAUCGAAAGGAUUUGAAAUAAACAGUUACGGAGGAUUUAAGUUCAUUAAAAAUUUUCAGAAAGACAUAUUUAAAGCUUUUCUUAAAGGAGAAACUUUAGAAGAAUGUCAUUUUGAAGUUAGAAAGGUCGCGAAUACUUAUUUGGACAUUAUAAAGCAUAAGGGUUCUUCUAUUACCGAAAAAGAAGUGAUAGAAUAUUUUAGUGAGGAACGAAGCAUGUCACAUUCCUCUGAAAAUUCUGAACAAAAGUUGAUGAUAAUCACUGCUUCAAAACGCUUAGCCGAGCUCAUAGGCGAUCAGGUUAAAGCAAACAAAUUGAUUUGUCACUAUAUUGUCUCCUCUAAACCUUCAGAUUUGUUGGUUAGUGAACGUGUUAUUCCGGUUGCAGUGUUUUUCUCUGAAGAUGAUAUAAAAAUGAAAUAUUUAAGAAGAUGGAUAGAAAAUCAUAGUGCGAAUGAUUUUAAUGUGCACAACAUAUUGGAUUGGGAAUAUUACAAAGAAUGUUUAACAAAAAUUAUUCAGAAAUUUAUUACAAUCCCUAAAAACGUUCAGGAUAACAAACGUAAAAGGGUAGAUGAAAUAAUAUCCGAAGAAAAUAAUUCAUUUCAAAAUAUUAAAACAAAUACUUAUAAAAGACGUCGAAUUAGUAAAAAUAUUUCAGAUGAAUCUGAACCUUCGUUAGAAAUUCUUUUUAUUAAUAAAGAAAGUGUCUGGGAAAUCAUUCAGAUAAUUGAAACUGAUACACCCGGAAAAUUUAUUAUGUGGAUUCUUGUAGGAAGAGAAAUUCAAAUUAUUCAUCUUAAUGUAUCAAGACGAUUCUACAUUAAUUAUAAAUUAGAUACCUUUCCUACUAAGAUUAAAGAUAUGAUUAAAUCAAAUGGAAGUAUAACCAAAGUUAAUCGGAUUUUACCUGAAUCUCAUAAACAAUUUAACUUAUUUGAAGUGACCAUGCAGGAAUCUACUUAUCAAGAAAAUUCGGUGAUACUUCAAGAUAUUUUCAAUGACCCACUUAUUGAAGGUGUUUAUGAAAAUCAAAUCAAUCUUUUGGAUCGAGCAUUAAUAGAGGUUGGGUUUAUGAUCGAUAAAUGCUUAAUAGAACCUAAUGUGCUUAAAGAUUCAAUUACAAAUGGGUUGGAUAUUAGAGAUAUUGGAAAAUGCGAAAAUUUACCUGCCGAUUUAUAUUUAAUGGGAGAACCAACGGAACGACCUAUUAAUUUUUUAUAUUUAUAUCAUGCAGUGUCAGAAGAUAAUAACCAUUUAUAUGGUCUAUUUUCUUCUUGCGAUAAUAAGGUGCACGUGUUUUACGUGGGCCUUAAAGCUGUAGCAAUGAAAUAUUCCGAAGAAAGAUAUGCGUUUAUGUACAAGGAAUUUAUUGAAAGUAUUGGCGAAAUUGAAACUUCUGCCAAUAUUUUUAAAAUUCAAAAUGAGAUAGAGAUUAAAAUAACAUAUCUUAUUAGAGACAUUAAAGAAUUUGCGAAAGCAUUAUCAAAUGAAAUCAAGAAACAUGAACAAGCUAGAUACGGACCAACGAUUCUUGUUUUACAAUCAAAUUAUAGUUCGGGUGAAUUAAUUGGGCAAGGGGUAGAUAUUUUACGAAAAUUUCCCACAAUAAACAUUAUGUCAUGUGAUAGAUUUAACACAUUCAGUAGUGCGGCAGAACCAAUGUUUGCUAGAUAUAUUCAAAUUAAUUCAAUAAUUAAUAAUUUAAUUGAGAAAUCAAGACAUUUGAAAUUACCUCUUUCAUUAAUUGUAAUGAUAGCCAUAACCGGUUCAAGUUAUGCCGCUCCAAUUAUUCCAAUUAUUCGUGAAUAUAAUGUUGAAGAGACCCUUGCUUGGGAAAUUAUUUAUGUUUAA